GAGUAUCCACACAAACACCAAACAAGCCAAAUUCAUUCAUCGAAUCAGAACUCCAAAUUCCAUAAAAUUCACAACUCUUAGAUCAAAUUCAAAACCCAUAAAUUAACGGCUUAAUUCUGGUGAGGAACGGCGGAGUGUGUCUGCGUCGAGUCGGAGGAGAUUUGUCGGCAGAAUAUUCUGAAACUACAAAAGCGUGAAGGGGAUCUAGGUCAAUCUGUAACAUAUGGUAAGUAGAUUGAAAGGGUAGAGGAAGUUCAGACACUUUUUGCCUUCUUGAUGGAUCUAUGAGGCCGUAGAGUGACAGUGAUUUUCGAUCGGCGACGGUGAAGAAUACAAUCGUCGAUGUCUUAGGUUAAAGAGAAUGAGAGAAACUGAGAUAAUGAAGUAAGAUUACGAUAAUUUAAAGGGAAGAAAGAAAAAGACAAAACGACGCCGUGGCUUUCUUCUUUCCUUAACUCGUUGUUCGUCAGAAGCUGAAGAACCCGCGACGGCGAAAGAGACAGAAGCGAGAAUCUCCGAUAAGCCAUGAACGCUCCGGACCGAUACGAGCGAUUCGUCGUUCCUGAAGGCACCAAAAAGGUUUCAUAUGAGAGGGACACGAAGAUCAUCAAUGCUGCUUCCUUCACGAUUGAGAGAGAAGACCAUACCAUUGGCAACAUCGUCCGCAUGCAACUUCACCGCGACGAGAAUGUAUUGUUUGCUGGGUACCAACUUCCUCAUCCUCUCAAGUACAAAAUCAUAGUCAGGAUUCACACCACAAGCCAGUCCUCCCCGAUGCAAGCAUACAAUCAGGCUAUCAAUGACCUUGACAAGGAGCUUGACUUUCUCAAGAGCCAAUUUGAGGCAGAGGUGGCCAGGUUCUCGUUUCCCUACUAAGGAGCUCAGAGUUCUCCAUCGGCACUUUGGAAUCACAUUUUCCUUACUCUAAGCACCAACCUGAAGACUUAUAAUGAGCUUGUUGCUACUUUGCUUUUCUAAUUUAGCAACAAAUUUUCAUGUUACUUGUUUUAACUCUUAUGUUUUGGAGACCAUUUCCGGCUGCUAAGAAGUACUAUUUAUAUUACCUUGUCUUAUUUUCAUCUUAUCUACAAAAACCUUUUAUUGUA